UACCUGUCACUUGGAUAACGACAGCCAAACGGACUACAAAUACCUCUCACCUGUGCGCAAGGACGCAACUUCAGCUCGUGCCUGUUGCCUUUCUCUGCGUGCGUGCGCGCUCUCGACUGAGUUUCCCUCCAAACGGGUUUGACCGGGACACACCUGCGUACCUGAGCGGCCGGUCUUUACUGUGAGCGUCGAGCGUCCUCACCCUCUCACUCCGUAUUUCCCCUCUGCGGACGACACACCGACGGAAAGCCUUUCUCUUCUGUUCUUCACUGGACCGUUCGAGACUUUUCUUCCUCCCAGCCAUGAAGAUGUGGAUUCUUAUCGCACUUGUUGCUUUUGCAGCAAGCGCCUCAGCUCAAUCCUGUUCAUGUGAAACCAUGAAAUGGGCCACCUGUGAUGGAAAUCCGUGCACCUGUUCCAUUUUAAUCGGCAACAAUGUGAAACAAACCCUGGACUGCAACAAACUGAUCCCCAAGUGUUUCCUGAUGAAGGCUGAGAUGUACAGAGCCUCAAAGGGCCAGGACACCCGUACAGGGGGAAAGCCUGUGGAGACGGCCUUCGUGGACAAUGACGGCAUCUACGACCCAGACUGCGAGAAUGACGGCAAGUUCAAGGCCAAGCAGUGCAACAACACAGAGGAGUGCUGGUGCGUCAACAGCGCCGGCGUCCGGCGUACCGACAAGGGAGACAAGGACCUGAAGUGCGAGGAACUGGUGGAGACCUACUGGGUGCGUCUUCAGCUGACACACAAAAAAACCAACACUACAGUGAAUGCUGCCAAUCUGAAGAGUGCCAUUGCAGAUGCCAUCAACAAGCGUUACAAGAACUUUAACAAGGACCUGGUGGACGAGGUGGAGUACGACCCUGAUUCUCGGCUGAUUGUGGUGGAUGUCAAGAAGCCGAUGGGCGACCGCAAAAGUGACCUGUCCCAAAUGGCCUACUACAUGGAGAAGGAUGUGAAAGUCCUGCCUCUGUUCAGGAACCAGAAUAAGUUUGCGCCCAACGUUGGCGGACAGGAUCUGGAGAUGGAGAAAAUCCUGGUGUACUACGUGGACGAGAAGGCUCCCACUUUCACCAUGAAGAACCUGACGGGCGGGAUCAUCGCCGUCAUCGUGGUGGUUGCGGUGGCCGUGGUCGUCGGCCUGAUUCUCCUGUUCUUUGCCAGAAGGCGCCAGAGUCAGCGGUACAACAAAGCUCAGCAAAGAGAGAUGGUGAACAUGUAAAGCAUCAGGAUGAAUGAAGACAUCACAUCAACCCAUUUUGGAUGAACUUACUUGUUUUUGCAGUGGGAGUGUGCCAUUUGUUUUUGUUUUUUUGUCUUUUUACUUGAGAAGUGGAUCGUAAAGGAACAAUUAAUUUGCUUCUUUUAAAUGUUUUUUGACAUAAUGGUUGGCACGACCGGUACCAUCUUUUUAUUUAUGUUUGUGUAAAGCCUUGAUGCCUUGUCCAAUCUGUACGCCACAAAGAACUGCGCUGUUUUGGAAAAAGUGCCUGAGACCAGUUGCAUUUUAACAUUAUAAAUUCUAUAAAGGUUUAAAUUCCAUGUCAUAGAUUGUACAGUUUCUUACUUGUUCAUGUGUUUGUUGGAUUGUUUUUAAUAAAAUGUUUUAAAGACUU